AUGCCAUUCCAGGUUUCUGCAGGCACCAUGAGGCACCGAAGAAAUGGCAAUUUUGAGAGUUCCAGACUCCUCAAUUCCAGCAUGUCUCGCAGCAUAGAUGUAUCGUGCAAUGACAGUGAUUUGGUCAACUUCAUUCGAGAAAACUUUAAGAAGAGAGAAUGUGUCUUCUUUACAAAAGACAGCAAGUCAGUGGGCAAUUUGUGUAAGUGUGGAUACCCUGAAAGUCAACAUAUAGAGGGGACUCAGAUCAAUGAUGAUGAAAAGUGGAAUUAUAAGCAGCACACCAAGGAACUUCCUACCGAUGCCUUCGGGGACGUUCACUUUGAAAACAUAGAAAGAAGAGGAAAGUACAUCCGUUUGUCAUGUGACACAGACCCUGAAACACUCUAUGACCUCAUGACACAGCACUGGCACCUGAAAACCCCUAACCUUGUCAUCUCUGUCACUGGAGGGGCAAAGAACUUCGCGCUCAAGCCCCGAAUGCGCAAGAUAUUCAGCAGGCUGAUCUACAUUGCCCAGUCCAAAGGGGCCUGGAUUUUCACAGGAGGCACACAUUAUGGGCUGAUGAAGUACAUUGGGGAAGUGGUCAGAGAUAACACCAUCAGUCUGAGCUCCGAGGAGAAUGUGGUGGCUAUUGGCAUAGCAGCCUGGGGCAUGAUUUCCAACCGAGAAAGCCUGAUUCGCAGCGGUGAUAAUGAGGGGUACAACUUGGCUCAUUACAUAAUGGAUGAUCUCAAGAGAGAUCCCCUCUAUUGCCUGGAUAACAAUCACACCCAUCUCUUACUGGUUGACAAUGGCACCCACGGGCACCCAACAAUAGAGGCAGAAGUACGAACUCAGUUAGAAAAGUACAUUUCGGAGCGAGUUAUCCCAGAAUCAAAUUACGGUGGGAAGAUUCCAAUUGUAUGUUUUGCUCAAGGAGGAGGGAAAGAGACUUUGAAAUCUAUCCAUGUGGCCAUCAAAAGUAAAAUUCCCUGUGUUGUCGUGGAAGGCUCUGGACGGAUAGCUGAUGUUAUAGCUAGCUUGAUGGAAGCAGAAGACACCCUUACUUCUUCAUGUGUCAAGGAGAGUUUGCUGAGGUACCUGCCUCGCACCAUUUCAAGCCUUUCAGAAGAGGAGACUGAAAGCUGGAUCAAAUGGAUCAAAGAAGUCCUUGAGAACCCUCAUUUACUGACAGUUAUCAAAACAGAAGAAGCUGGAGAUGAAAUUGUGAGCAAUGCCAUUUCUUUUGCUCUGUACAAAGCUUUCAGCACCAAUGAACAUAACAGAGAUAACUGGAAUGGGCAGCUGAAGCUGCUGCUGGAGUGGAACCAGUUGGACCUGGCCAGUGAUGAGAUCUUCACCAAUGACCGAAACUGGGAGUCUGCUGAUCUGCAGGAUGUCAUGUUCACAGCCCUAGUGAAAGACAGGCCCAAAUUUGUUCGUCUCUUUCUGGAAAAUGGUCUGAAUCUGAGGAAAUUCCUUACCACAGAGGUCCUUAGAGAGCUGUACACCAACAACUUCAGCAGCUUGGUGUUCAAGAACCUGCAGAUCGCCAAAAACUCCUAUAAUGAUGCACUCCUCACGUUUGUGUGGAAGAUGGUUGAAGACUUUCGGAGAGGUCUCAAAAGAGAUGAUAAAAAUAACAAGAAUGAGCUGGAGAUACAUCUUUCAACUGAGUGUCCUAUCACAAGGCAUCCGUUGCAAGCUCUGUUCAUCUGGUCGGUUCUUCAGAACAAGAAAGAGUUAUCCAAAGUCAUCUGGGAGCAAACCAGAGGUUGUACUUUGGCAGCUCUUGGGGCCAGCAAGCUCCUGAAAAGCAUGGCAAAAGUCAAGAAUGAUAUAAAUGCUGCUGGUGAGUCUGAGGAACUUGCUAAUGAAUAUGAGACAAGAGCAGUAGAGCUGUUCACCGAGUGCUACAGCAAUGAUGAAAACCUAGCUGAGCAGCUGCUGACCUAUUCCUGUGAAGCUUGGGGAGGGAGCAAUUGCCUGGAACUAGCAGUGGAAGCAAAAGACCAGCAAUUCAUUGCACAGCCAGGGGUGCAGAAUUUCCUUUCCAAGCAGUGGUAUGGAGAGAUUUCAAGAGAUACUAAGAAUUGGAAGAUUAUACUGUGUCUAUUCUUUUUCCCUUUAAUAGGCUGUGGUUUCAUUUCAUUCAGGAAAAAACCUGUGGAGAAGAGUAAGAAACUCUUCUUGUAUUAUGUGUCGUUCUUCACUUCGCCCUUUGUAGUCUUCUCAUGGAAUGUUAUCUUCUACAUCGUUUUCCUGUUGCUCUUUGCCUACGUGUUGCUCAUGGAUUUCCAGAAGGAACCUACUGUCCUGGAGAUCAUCCUUUAUGUGCUGGUCUUCAUCCUGCUUUGUGAUGAAGUGAGACAAUGGUAUAUGAAUGGCAGUAAGUAUCUCUCAGAUCUGUGGAACGUUAUGGAUACCCUAGCAAUCUUCUACUUCAUAGCAGGGAUUGUGCUCAGGCUUCACUCAUCUGAUGAAAGCUGUUGGUACUCUGGGAGAGUCAUUUUCUGUUUGGACUACAUAGUUUUUACUCUGAGGCUGAUCCAUAUUUUCACCGUUAGCAGGAAUCUAGGACCCAAAAUUAUUAUGCUGCAGAGGAUGAUGAUAGAUGUUUUCUUCUUCCUCUUCCUCUUUGCUGUGUGGAUGGUGGCCUUUGGUGUGGCCAGGCAAGGCAUCCUAAGGAAGAAUGAGCACCGCUGGGAGUGGAUAUUUCGAUCGGUCAUCUAUGAACCGUACCUGGCUAUGUUCGGCCAGUACCCUGAUGAUGUUGAUGGUACCACCUACAACUUUGAUCGCUGCACCUUUUCUGGGAAUGAGUCCAAGCCCUUGUGUGUGGAACUGGAUGCCAACAACCAACCCCGCUUCCCAGAGUGGAUUACUAUUCCCCUUGUGUGCAUAUACAUGCUCUCAACUAACAUCCUCCUUGUGAACCUACUCGUGGCCAUGUUUGGUUACACUGUUGGAUCAGUACAAGAGAACAACGACCAGGUGUGGAAGUUCCAGCGUUACUUCUUGGUCCAGGAAUACUGCAGUCGCUUGACCAUCCCCUUCCCUUUUGUCAUCUUUGCCUACAUAUUCAUGGUGAUGAGGAAAUGUUUUAAAUGCUGCUGUAAGAAUGAAAGUAAAGAGCCAUCUAUUUGUUGCUCAAAAAAUGAAGACAAUGAAACUCUGUCAUGGGAAGCUGUCAUGAAGGAAAAUUACCUUGUCAAAAUCAAUACCAAAGCCAAUGAUACCUCAGAAGAGAUGGUUCAUCGAUUUAGACAACUGGAUGCAAAGCUCUCCGAUUUGAAAGGCCUCCUAAAAGAGAUUUCCAGCAAAAUCAAAUGAAUGUGACUGAAAAGCAGCUAUCUGAGCAGGGUUCCGAUUCACCAAGAAUCUCAAAGCUGGCAGUAACCUCCACGCAGUCACCAGUUCACCAUAGUGUCAGUGUCUCAGUUUUGUUUUUAACAAGACAACCCUUUCACCUUGUUGGAUGAUGAUGGUAAAACGUUAAGACCGUUUCUCUCCUGUCAGAACUCCUGAAUUACUCAAGCUCAUUUUCCCUUGCUUUCCCAGAAAUUCAAUGACAGAAGAUAGUUCUUAUCAGCUUCUGUUAAAAUUCACUCUUACUUCCAAGUGUACUGCUGCUGCUGUAAUCACUCUGCUUUUGAAUUUCACUUGAAGGAAUCUAUUCAUAGGUUUCCUUUAGCUGCCAAUUGCUUGUUUUAAUAAAUCUCCCUUUCCUCUCCUUCACGUAGUAGCCACGUCUAGCCUGUUAAUUGUACAGCUUAUCUGCUGAAGUCUAUAAGCUGGCAUCUCAGGUCCAACAGCCUUAUCUUGGGCUGCACAUGAACUUCCCUCUUCUACCUGUAACUGUGUAGCUAGCAAUGCAGAAAAUCAACUAUUACAAUCCUGUGUGAAAAGGAUGUAAUUCAUACUGAAAUACUUUUGAAAAGCCUUGUGUAUAAUCCUUACUUGUUUCUAUGGGUGGGAUUGGAGCAUUGUAAUUUGUUUUUUCUUUCAAGCAUCUUUGUGCAGAUGUUUGCUAGCUUUACAUUUUGUUAUACUUGCUAUGAUCUGGCUGCUCUUGCUGUUUUCUUUCUAAAAUAGCCAGCUGAUUUGUGUGGCAUUUGUGUGAGAUAACCUGGCACAUUAUCAGCUGUGGGGGAAACCGCUCCAAAUGCCAUUCAUUUACUUUGCAAUAUGUAUCCAUCUUCAUCUCCAGCAUCCAGGAGCAAUCACUCAGUAGGUUUGAUUCUGAAGACUUAGAUAGUUUUCCUUAUCUCACUAUGGCACCUUUAGUCCAUAUGCUUUACCUUGGCAUACAGGUGGUUUGAGGGGCGUCAGGCAGAAUAUGUGAGGCAGGACAUAUACAGCUAAGUAGGUGGAGAGAGAAUUUCUCUGGAAGCAGAACAUUCCUAUAGCAAAUCAACUCAUCUAAUGCAAAGAAAGCCAUUUACUGCCUAGCUAAAAAGCACAACAGGGCAACAGAAGGAUACAAAGCAUGGAUGUUUUGGGGGAAUGUUUCUACCUCUGAGAUGCAGCUGACUGAGGUACAGCAAGCUGAUCAAAGAGGCCAGUACAUGCAUGCAUUCUGCAGGUAGACCUUUAAAUCUGACCCCUUUUUCUUACAUACCAGAAAACACUCCAGAUUGUCCUGCUUCACUGUUUGCAGAAGCUGCUGCUCUGUUUGUAGCUGUAAAAGCAAUAGUUUUCCAGGGAAAACUGAUGAGGCCUUGACAGAAGGGUUACUAGUUAUUUCUUGCUGCUUGACCUUUCCUGAUGUUACUGUACAUCCUGCUUUGUCCUGAGGUAUAGAGCAUUACAAAUAGUAGUGUUCCUAAUUUAUAUAUAUAUAGAUAUUUCAGUAUUUUCCUGUAAAAAGGAUUAGGAAGAACUCAGCAAGACCUUCAUAGUACUCUGUGGCAUGAAGAUCACAUCAUAAAUGAUUAACAUUGGUUUACUUUCUAGAAAUUAUUUCUUGUGUGAUGUUUGUAUAUCUAGGAUGUGAAAAAUAUGCUUUCUGUACAUAACUUUAAUUUAUAAAACCUGCAGGAUAUAUGCCAGAACUCAUAGUGAAUAAUUCCUUUGUGAAAUAGUGAAUGUAACUUCGAGACGAAGUCAGAAAGAACAAAAUGCUCGGGAUACCUAUUCCUGCUUCUCCACUUUGUGUGUGUGUGUGUGUGUGUGUGCCUUUCCUUUCUGGCAAUGAAUCCUUGGACAACUCAAGCCUUGAGCUUGGCUUCCUUCAGCCAUGGCCCCCUGCUCUGGGGGGAGGAGUGGGGAUCUCUUCCAGAGAGAGGAGGGAAAGAAGGAAGGAGCCUGCCUGGCUCCCUGCUGCCUUGCAGAAAGGAGAUGGAUGUGACUGAACGAGGUUUGUGGGCUUUGCAUGGAUGGAUGGAUGGAGCCCUGCAGCAAGAAUUGGCUGCCAUAGUGCCCAGUAGACGUCCUUCCUGGUUAAACUUCUCCAGAAAAGAAAAUGGGGUGGGUUGGCUUGGUGUUUUUUUGUUUUGUUGGUCGUUUGGUUGGUUU